AUGUGUGAUGGGAGAGCACUUGCUGUCGGGGCUGGUUACGGCGGGGGCAAGAUAACAUUCACGGUAGUGAUGAGUUGCCUCACGGCGACCUCCGGCGGGCUCAUACUUGGGUACGACGUCGGAAUCACAGUCAGUUCGUGGGAGAAUUUUGAGGGUGAAUUUGAAGUCGAGAAGAAGAAACGUAUUCGUAACAGAGCCUCCCAAGAACGACUGACUGCGUUGACUGACAAAUUCAGCGACGAUCAGAAGGGGGCUGCUGCUGAGAUGGGUAUGCAGUCUAUGAUGGUUGUCCGGUGCACGAACCUUGUCAACCCUGUAUGCGAUUGGCUUGGUGAGAUCUACGACCCCGCCUCCAGAGAAUUCGUGAUUCCGGGACGCGGAAGACUACCGCUGAAUGAGGAAUCCGUGUUCUGCACGUUGGGUGUGCCCCGUGGACAUAUCAAAGUCCCGUACGAGGUCAACAACGAGAUCGAGGAAGCGCUGUUCCCCCGUUUGUUUCCUGGGUUGGAAUCCAUGCCGAACACGACUGCAGUGGCAGAUUCGUUGGAGGCCAUGACGACGCACGGAGAUGUUUUCAAGAUGAAGCUACUCAUGUACCUCAUCUCAGCCAUUUUCGCGCCGACCACUUCUCUUCGCCCAAGCAACAAAUGCUUCCCCAUCCUGGCGAAACUGAAAGAUGUGAAGAACAUGAACUGGUGUAAGUUCAUUGCCGACUUCCUGCAUGAUGCAUUUGCAAGCAAGGUGUACCAGAAGGGUUGUCGACUGCAUUUAAUGGUAUUUUUUUACCGGUCCUUUAUGUGA